CAUUCAUUUGACUUAAUUGAGAAUAUGCAGUCACCAGUUGAUUCAUCAGGUUUUCCUAAAAAACUUGCCACUUAUAAGCUUAUAAAACUGUUUACUACGGGCAACAGCUCAUCUUCAGCUUCAUAUGAUUACAAUUUUGAUAUCGAUAACAAAGACUGUUCACACACUCAGUUGAUUUACAAUAUAACAAAUUGUACCGAUAAAUCAGAAUGUACUCCUUCCUAUUGUCGCGAGGUUUUUCGAGUAGAUGCACGAGAUAAUUUAUAUUGGUACAAUACUGCUCUUAAAGCUGUUCCUCCUAGAAAAUUUUCGCAACAACCUCCUUCUCCUCAAACUUUAUCUCCUCCACCUAAUCCAAAAUUCCAUUAA